CUUCACAAAGCUUCAUCUCCCUUCAACACUAAUUCCUCGCUCCAUUCCUACAUUCCAGGGAAAAUCUUGCCCGCAUCUUCUAGCCCGGACAGACCCUGUUUGCCCUUUCAUCACAGGUGCCCCUCGACUCCAAAUAUUGGCGAAAAACCCCCUCGCCCCUCCGCCGACAUGGCCAACCGGCAAAUGACACGGCGCAUCGCCAUCAGCGCCGUGAUCGCGAUAUGCCUGGUUUUCUUCCUCUUCAUCAAUCCACAGGGCCCACCUAGCCCUGCCGUCCGAGCCCCCGGGCAUAUCGCCCACGGUGCAGCGCCGGGAUCCGGAAUCACGAUUCAGGAGGAUACACUGAAAGGGGCGGUCGUGAUGCCGAAGUUGGGCAAUGCCACAGCAAAAGCGGAGCUAGGCCGUGCAACAUGGAAAUACUUCCAUACUGUCAUGGCGCGAUUUCCCGAGAAGCCUACCGAAGACCAGCAGGAAGCGCUGCGAUCAUACAUCUUCUUAUUUGCGCGACUUUAUCCUUGCGGCGAAUGCGCCGAACAUUUCCAACAACACUUGAACAAGUACCCGCCGCAGGUAUCAUCGCGCAAAUCCGCGGCCGGAUGGGCUUGCUUCAUUCACAACGAGGUCAAUGCGAUGUUGGAGAAACCGGAAUUCGACUGCACGAAUUUAGGCGCAUUUUAUGAUUGUGGCUGUGCUGAAGACGAAAAGGCGGAGAAAAAGGAUGGCGAGGAGGAGGAUAAGAGUAUCGAGGGACAUUCGGCGGUUAGCCGGGGUGAUGGGAAGCAGGAUUCUGCUGAUCUGCAUGAUCACCUGGCUGUGGAGAUUUCGAAAGAAGAGACCACUCGCGGUUGAUGGCUUUGAAGGCUUCUCUGGGUCCUUGCGAUCUAAAUCGCUGUUUUCGUUGCACUCGUACGGCGUUUUCCUUUUCUAUUUUCCUCCUAGAACAUCCGCUGGAGCUGGUCUCCAUUUCUAUGUACAGUACUUCUUUUGAUAGAUUUCUAUAUACCCAAUGCGCAAAUGCGUACGUCCGCUGCAGACCAGCCCGAGCC